UCUCACACUUCUGCCAAACUCCAAAGAUGGACUUACCAUGGCUCUAACCUGCAGACAGCUGGCAACUUUUUCGUCUUGACACCACUAUAAGCACUGAAGCAUCAAGAAGACCAACUACAAAGAAAAGGUUCUUCCAAGACUUGACAGAGUGACUUGUAGAGGAGGUGAAAUUCAACUGGGCUCUGACUGAGAGUUUUGUUUUGCAUCUAGGGUUUUUGUUUGUUUUGUUUUAUUUGUUUUUUUUUUGUUGUAACGCCGUGAGAGGCAUCGCAUCACCAUGCCGAUCCUGAAGCAGCUGGUGUCCAGCUCGUCACAGUCCAAGCGCCGCUCGCGCGCCGACCUCACGCCGGAGAUGAUCAGCGCUCCGCUCGGCGACUUCCGCCACACCAUGCACGUGGGCCGCGGUGGCGACACCUUCGGCGACACGUCCUUCCUGAGUAGCCGCUCGGGGGAGCCCCCCCGGCAGCCCAGCGCUGACCCCUACUAUCACCACGCCGCGACUCUGCAGCAGCCUCCGCAGCCCCCUCCUCCGGAGUCCCCCAGCCACAAGCCCAGCCUGCUGUCCAGAACCUUCCGCAGCAGCAAGCGCUCGCAGUCGGUCAACCGCGCCGACAAGCACAAGACCUCGUCCGCGUCCUCCAUCACGGUGGCCUCGAUGAUGCCCGGCAGCAGCUCGCCCACGCACGUGAAAUCGGCCAUCUCGAUGCCGUACCUCAACGAGGCCGGAGGCGGCGGCGUGUCGAUGUCCAAGAGCGUCUCGUCCAGCCCGCUGAAGAAGCUCCCUGGAGGCGGGGACGGCGACGCGGUGGACGGCUGGAAGCCGGCCAAUGGCGCGGCGGCGACCGCCGGCGGCGGCGGCGGCGUCACCCUGGCGUCCCUCGAGCCGGACCUCCUGGAGAGCGAGCGGCGCUUCGGCGAGCUGAGCGACCUCCCGCCGUCCCUCCCCCGCGGCGGCGGCGGCUUCGGGGGCAUGAAACACGCCGAGUCCAUCAUGUCCUUCCACAUCGACCUGGGCCCGUCCAUGCUGGGCGACAUCCUGAGUGUGAUGGACAAGCCCGGCUGGGAGGAGGACGACCUCGGCUACGAGGAGGGCCGGGCCUUGUCUCCGCUCAGCCCCCCCGAGGACAACGGUGACCACGACAACGACGAGGGUGACCACGACGACGCCCCGUCGCCCGCACCCCCCUCCAGGCCCCCUCGCACCUCCUCGGCUGCCCCCAACCCCUACACCCCAGAGCUCCGCAGCGCCGGAGUGACCAGACCCUCCAACAACCACCACCACAUGGACAGCUGCUCCGUGUCCAGCUCUGGCUCCACUGUCCAGGAGGACAGGAUGUCCACGCACGGGGGGCUGUACCACAGGCACAACCAGAGCGAGACAGACGGCGACAGCGCCCGCUUCAGCUCGCCGGGGAGGACACGCGACGAGGACAGGGACUUCUCCUUCAUGGACGACGAAGAGGACGAGGACGAAAUUCGAGUGUAAACGCAGGAGGUGUGCGCGUGUGCGCGCGCGCGUGUGUGUGUGUGUGUGUGUGUGCGGCCAAUCGGGGAAGGGUUGAAGGAUCGCUGCUGUGUCCGACAGAAACAUCACACUCAACUGGACACAGAGACUCGACACGCUUACCGUUCACCGCUGUGUGGAUUAAAAACGCUACCACCUGCUUAUUCAA